ACUUUCCACAUCUGACUGCAUUUAUCUCCACGACAGGGGAGCCUGCGAGCAACAACUUUCUCAGAUUGACACAGAAUGGAGAGGAGCUGACGCACCGUUAUCUACCGGACCGUUAACUUUCCUCUACAAGCGUUUCCAACACAGCCUACAUGCUUCGCCAGACCGGGGAAAAACUACUGAAAGAUAGUUUUGUAACAGUUUGACUACUGUAGAGCUGACAGUUCCUCCUCGUUCUUUCCCCCCCUUUCUUUUCUCUUUUUGGACACUUUAACCGCGUUAUUACGCAUGAUGCGCAAAGGGAUGGCUCCUCUUUGGAAACACAACACGGGAUUACAACAUGUUUUUUACGUCUAUCUUUUUAUUUCAGUGGCUUAUUCUUAUAAUAUAGACUUGGAACAUCAUUUGGUGUUCCGCGGACCAAAUUCUAGUUUUUUUGGCUAUUCUGUGCUGGAGCAUUAUCAUGACAACACACGCUGGUUAAUAGUAGGGGCUCCAAAGGCCAACUCCACCUACAGUAGCUCUGUGCACUCUCCUGGAGCUGUGUACAAGUGCCGAGUUCACAGCAACCCAGAUCGACGCUGCACGGAGAUGGAUCUGGGAAGAGGAAACAGGCCCAGGGAGUCGUGUGGGAAGACGUGCCAAGGAGACCGGGAUGAUGAGUGGAUGGGGGUCAGCCUGGCCCGCCAGGACAAGGCCAAUGGCAAAAUACUGGCGUGUGCUCACCGCUGGAAAAACGUCUACUACGAGCAAACAGAGCAUAUCCUUCCGCACGGAUAUUGCUCCAUCAUUCCUCCCACUCUUCAGGGCAGGACCAAGCCGCUCAUCCCUUGUUAUGAAGACUAUAAGCGGAAGUAUGGGGAAGAGCACGGCUCGUGCCAAGCUGGGAUAGCGGGAGUUUUUACGGAGGAGCUGGUGGUGAUGGGGGCACCGGGGUCGUACUACUGGACUGGGACCAUCAAGGUGUACAACCUGACCUCUGACACCUUCUACAGCCCCAACAAAGAAGACGUGGACUCACACAGAUACAGCUACCUAGGCUAUGCCGUGACUGCGGGCCACUUCUCCUCUCCUAAUGCGAUAGACAUAGCUGCAGGGGCGCCUCAGCACAGCGGCAGUGGAAAAGUUUACAUUUUCAAAAUGGAUGGCGGGUCUUUGGUGAAGAGUUUUCAAGCCUCAGGGAAAAUGAUGGGCUCUUACUUUGGCUCCUCAUUGUGUGCAGUUGAUCUGAACCAGGAUGGCCUGUCGGACCUGCUGGUGGGGGCCCCCAUGCACAGCCAGCUCCGGGACGAGGGCCAGGUGUCUGUGUACCUCAGCAAGGGCAAUGGGGUGAUGGAGGAAAACGCUGUAUUGAGUGGUGACAACGCUUUCAAUGCACACUUUGGAGAAUGCAUUGCUGCAAUCGGAGACAUAGAUGACGAUGGAUAUCAAGAUGUAGCCAUAGGCGCACCUAAAGAGGAUGACUAUGGAGGAGCCGUGUACAUCUACCAUGGGGACGACACAGGAAUCAUCAGCAAAUACUCCAUGAAACUGUCUGGGCGCAGUUUGAGCCCUGGUCUGCAGAUGUUUGGCCAGUCCAUCUCCGGCAAUGUGGACAUGGAUGGCAAUGGAUACGCAGAUAUCACUGUUGGAGCUUUUAUGUCAGACAGCGUGGUGUUGCUGAGGACCCGGCCUGUCAUUACGGUGGAUGUCUCCAUCUUCCUGCCUGUCUCCAUCAACAUAUCGGUGCCCCAGUGCCACGAAGGCCACCAGAAUAACCAGCACCUAAACUGCUUCAAUGUCACCGUCUGCAUGCUCUUCAGGGGGAGACAGCUGCCCGGACAGAUAGAGUUGCUGUAUAACUUGACAGCUGAUGUGGAUAAGCGACAGAAGAGCCAGCCUUCCCGGGUCUUCUUCACUCAGAGCGGAUCUCAGAUCAGCCAGAUGAGCCAGCAGCUCAGCUUGGACAUCAACAGGGAGGAGUGCCAGCGCUACACUGCCUACGUUAAGAAAGAUGUGAGGGACGUGUUCACAGCCAUCACAUUCGAGGUGGCUUACAGCCUGGGGAAGCACGAACCAGGACACCCGGGGGGAGACCUCCCCGCUCUCACCCCCGUGCUACGAUGGAGGAAAGGAAACAAGAUCGCAACGAGGAAUGAGACUUUGUUUGAGAAGAACUGCCUGUCCGACGACUGUGCUGCAGACCUGAGGCUCCAUGGGAAAAUGUUGCUCUCUGGGUUGCACGUCAAACCCCAUCUGGCCCUUGGAGGGGUGAGGAACGUCUCUUUGAACAUGACCAUCUCCAACGCUGGGGACGAUGCCUACGACACCAACAUCUACUUCAACUUCCCCAAAGAAGUUUUCUACAUCAACUUCUGGCAGAAGGAAGAGAAGGGUAUUUCCUGUAUUCUUGUUGAUUUGGACUUCCUUAAAUGCAGCGUGGGAUUUCCCUUCAUGAGAGCGCAGACUAAGUAUCAUUUCGCAGUGAUUUUUGACACGAGUCAGCUUACCGGGGAAAAUGAUACGUUGCAGUUCUUAGUUCAAGCAAAAAGCGCCAAUCCGGAGCACAAACUCUCUGACAACAAUUUGGAUCUGUCCAUCCCACUGGUUCAUGAGACGGACACCACUAUCACCGGUGUGGUGACACCGAGCUCCUUUGUGUACGGAAAGUCCAUCGAUGCCUCGCGCUUCGUCCAGUUGGAAGACAUGGAGUGCCACUUUCAGCCUCUCAAUCUCACAUUCCAGGCCAUAAACAAGGGGCCCAGCAGGCUGCCUGGCUCCACUGUGGACAUCAGAAUCCCAAACCGAAUGGCUGGCAACGGAGCUGACAUGUUCCAUAUCAUCGAAACACAGGUGGCAGACGGCCGAGGGAACUGCACCCCCCACAGGAACCCUACGCCGUGCACCAUCCCUCAGGAUAAAGAGAGCAUCUUCCACUCCAUAUUUGCCUUUUUCACCAAAUCUGGACGCAAAGUCCUGGACUGUGACCGGCCUGGAAGAGCGUGUAUGACGAUCUCCUGCAGUCUGGGCCCACAAUUAAAAGAAGAAGCUUUGAGUAUAGACAUAAAACUUUUACUCAACACCGAAAUUCUCAAGCGGGAUAGUUCCUCUCUGAUCCAGUUUGUGACACGGGGCAGCGUGCAAGUGAAUGACAGGGCAGUGGAGGUGCCGAAUGGCCUUCCAGAUGAUCUUUCUCUGGUGUUUGAGGCUCUCCACAGUCAGGAGCCCAGGGGUUACGUAGUCGGCUGGAUCAUCGCCAUCAGUCUGCUGGUGGGAAUCCUCAUCUUCCUGCUGUUAGCUGUGCUACUCUGGAAGAUGGGAUUCUUCCGUCGGCGCUACAGAGAAAUCAUCGAGGCAGAAAAAAACAGGAAGGACAGUGAUGAAAGCUGGGACUGGAUGGAAAAGAACCACUGAGACUUGCAGUGGGGGUCCCACAGGAGCCAAUGAGAUUAGGGAUUGGGUCGGGAAGGAUCCAAUAGCACGUGGUCUCGCAGCCCAGCCGCCCCAGUGGCACCAGGCCCUUCAGUCUUCCAUAUGUGGAAGAGAAGAAUAUUCUCCUUAUUUUUUGGAGACUUGAUCUUUUUUUGUGGGUGGGGGUCUAGGAAACAGGCUUCUGAGGUGACAGUGUGGCUUGCCAGAGGACACUUGCUGUAGAAUUCAGCUAAUCUCAUAGGAGGUAACUCCCAGCCAGCGAGAGUGGAGCUGUUGAUGGAGACCCACAUCCGUACGGGGAUGUGGAGACGGCAUGAAUACUGGUGGACAACAAAACCCUCAGGGCUGUGUUACAUAGCACAUUUAUUUUUAUACAUACACUUUAAGCCAUAUUGUAAAAUAAAAAACCGGGCUUCUAGAAGAGAUGGGGUUUUGAAGGCCAUUAUAAACAUACUUAUCUACAGUAUGUUUUCCUUAAAGCACUGAUGUUUGAUAAGAAUGAAUGCCUUGGCUGCAUAGCUUUACUUUUAUGCCAAAGAUAUGUCCUGUACAGUAUAUGAUAGAGUUGUUCGUAUAUGCAGUUCUGCCUGGGAGUGAAAGAUUGUAUCUCUUCUGUACUAUUUCCGCCGUAUAAAUAUCUGUUCUACACAUCUGACUGCAUCUCCCUCACACAGAUAAUCAGCCGGAGCUAAUUCUGUGCUUGAGACCCACACACGCCAUGAUUAAAACAACGUAUCCUGCUCAUGUCAUCCGCUAGUGUUGUCAGGGUUGUCUCAGAGGCGCUGAGGUCAUUAGGAUCUGGUUCAGGAUGUGCAAAUCAACCGCACUCUCUUCUUUAUUUAGACUGUAUUUGCCUUUAUUAUCCACGCCUGAAAUGAAGUGGUUGUGACUUACACCAGCUUUUUGACUUUCCAUAAGUAUUCCAUUAGCUAUGAUGUGGCUUUUGCUUAAAGAUGAUAACAACAUAUUUGUGUCAGAUUUAAAAUUGAAACUCUGCAAUGCCUUGAAUGAACACAUGCUUAGAAAGUGCAAUGUCCAUUAGAGUAUUUUCUCUAAAUCUGCUUUUGCAAGAAACUAUUACUCAGGUAUGCAGCAGAGCCCCCAAAAGUCUCCAGGUUCAAGUGAAGAUUGAAUACCGUAAGAAGAUUCACUUUACGUCAUGACACAUACCUGAUCAUGAUUCAUUUCCAAAGCCUCUCUAGACUUCGCCAUAUUCAAUUUUACUAUUAUGUUAUUAGGCAUUGGGUUUUAGCGUGAAAUACGAGAUCCAUUAUUCUCCACGGCCAGAUGAAAGUCUGCGAUGGGGGUCCACCUACAGUCAUUUAAAGGGGCCCAUGGCAUGAGUAAUUCCCUAAAAAUAGGUGGGAAUGUGCUGCACUCAAUCACUACACAUAAACGCGCUCUUUUGGGCUCAUGGGAAAAGCUUGUUUUAAGUCAACAUGUAGGAAUGUCAGCUCCCUAAAAAUCUGCCACUCUAAAAGUUCCUCAGUGCUCGCAUUGUUACCCCACAUGUUCUCCGGAGUCUUUUUAAAGCUUGGUUUUGACAGAUAUUUUUGCCAUGGCAGAUUUAAACGUGCAAUGCCAAAGAACAAAAACUAUAUUUUAAUAUGUUUCACACGUCGGUGCUAAGUCACUUUAAUGGCUCACUAUGAUUGCUCGGCUCUCUGUUGUCUGUAUGAAUCUCUUACACACUUUAUUUUAACAUUUAAUUCCACUGGCAUGAAGGCAUAUAUUGUACACAUUCACGUCUUCGCUCUGCAUCUGUUAAAGCGAUGCUCGAAACUGAGACUUGACCAUUUCUGUUAUAUUUGAACUGUGAGGGUUAUAUUUUGUUUAUAUGAUUGUUGUCACCGGUAAUCACACCGUUAUUUGGGGUUUUUGUUCUGAGUAUACUACUGUCACUGAAUAUCAUUUCCAUUAUAGUGUGCUGUAUGUUUGAUGUUUAAAUUCAUGUUGGAGCUGUAUAUUUAUCUGUUGAUAAAUGUUAGAGUGAAAGUUAA